AUGAGCUUGCAACGACCCUUGCGCGGCGGUUGCCAGUGCGGGCGCAACCGGUACGUCAUCGAGCCUGUUCCUCAACAGACGAGUGAGAGGGUGCAGGUCCUCUUCCACACAGAUGCCAGACACAGAGUUCCCUUGGCCACCCCGCUGGCCGCAAUGAUCAAAGUGCCGAUUUCCUGGUAUCACAGCUCAACGCAUGCCUUGUUCCCCGACGAGGCGCACUCUGCGAUUCGCCGUGUAUUCGAGACGCCGUCUAGCAACCCCUCGAAGCGAUACUUCUGCGGCUUCUGCGGAACGCCACUGUCCUACUGGACCGAGCUUCCUCACACCGAAGCUGACUAUAUCCAUCUUACACUGGCCAGCCUCUGCGGCGAAGACUUGCGAGAUUUGGAAGACCUGGGUUUGAUCCCCGAACUCGAGGAGACGGAGAGACAGUCCGUCGUUCCGACAACGACCACGGUAAUUGGAAGGGAAACCCGCGGCGUCCCCUGGUUUGAGAGCAUGAUCGACGGCACCCGUUUGGGCAAUCUGCGUCACAGCCAGAUGGUGGACCAGAGUAGGGACGGGAAGGUCAGGGUCGAGUGGGAGAUUGUGGAAUGGACCGAUGCGGACGACGGGAAGACGGAGGACGUUGAGAUGACGAGCAAUACUGGCAACGGCAAGCGCAAACUAGGCGAGCGAGAAGACGCGGAUGCGGCUUUGGAGGGCCUGCGUUAA